ACUAAACACACGCCUGCACGGAUUCUCACACUGAUACAGGAGAAAGAUAAAAUAUAACAUGAUCUUACCAACCUAGCCUCUUGCAGGAGGGCUUCAUGCAGGCAGAGGAAAAAGAGGAGGAUUUGGUUGGUGCAAUAGAGGUGGAACUCGCAUCCAUUGAGACUUGUCUAAUGGAUACUGCUGCUCUUUUUGAGGCUCUAAUGUUGGUGGAUUUGAUGGAGCGGCUUGGAAUCCAAAGAUACUUCGAACACCAAAUCCGACGUAUUUUACGCACAAGCUACAUGCAAUGGGAUGAUAGGUAUGGGUUGAAUGAUGCAAAAGCCACAGUAUUAGCCUUUCGCUUGCUGAGGCAUCAUGGCUACCCCGUCUCUGCAGGUGUUCUUAUGGCUUUAGAGGAUGGGGAAAAGAGCUUUUAUGAAUGUUUCUCCGUCGAUUCACCAACCAAUAUAUCAGCUCUGUUGAACCUGUAUAGAUGCUCUCGGACAGGCUUCCCGACUGAAUCAAAAAUAAUGGGAGAAGCACAGGAAUUUGCAAGGUCCCAACUCCUUAACGUCUUGUCCGAGGGGAACCCAACUCUUUUGCAGCCCAACAACCUUGGGAUAGAGGUAAAUUUUGCAUUGGAAUUGCCCUGUCAAUGCCUCCUGCCUAGAUUAGAGACAAUAAGCACCGUAAGACAAUUGUGGUCAGGAAAUGAGAGUACAAGAAAAUAUUUACAACUUGCAAAGUUAGACUUUCAAAAGUUGCAGAAGCUAUAUCAACAAGAGCUGGAGGAAUUUGAGAGAUGGUGGCAGAGAUGUGGGUUUGAUGGACUGAAAUGUGUCUGCAAAAGGCUUGGACAAUCUUACCUUGUAGUGGCACCAACUAUGUAUGAACCUCAAUUUUCAUCUUGUCGUCUGGCCUACGCCAAGGGUGUAGUCCUGGCCAUGGUUCUUGAUGAUCUCUUUGACGAUAAAAGAUUUAAUCUUCAAGAACUUCGGCGCUUCAGUGAGGCUUUCAAGAGAGACUCAUCUUUUAUCGAUGAUCUUCCUCAACACAAGCUAGUACUCGAAGCCAUUGAUGCUACAUGUGUAGAGUUGGCAGCAGAAUCCAACAGAAUUCAGGAUCGUGACUGCCUUCCCAUAUUCAAGCAUUUGUGGGCGGAGUUUGUAGCUGUGUUUCUGGAGGAAGCAGAAUGGAUGCAUAGCGAACACAUACCGAGCUACGAAGAAUACAUGCGAUGCACCGUCGUCUCUAUCGGAGCUAGAGUAGUAACAUGGACUUCUGCAUUCUUGCUGGGAGAAAAGUUCACGGAUGAGAUGCUCAGCCACCUGGGUCCAGACUCACGCUUCAUGUACCUCAUUUCCGUCGUAGCCCGGCUUGCCAACGACGUCGCCACCUUCCAAAAGGAGGUCCGGGAGGGAAAGUUGGCCACGGCGGUUGGCUGCUACAUGAGGGACCACCCAGGUUGCACCCAGGAGGAAGCAACGGCGGGUGUCGUCAAUUUGAUCGAGUCGGCCGAGGAGGAGCUGGAGUGGGCGCUCUUUCGAUCGAGGGCGGUAGCGCCGGAAUUCUGCAGCCAUGCGGUCGUGAAUGGUGCUCGGAAUUCGCGCUUUCUUUAUAAAAGGAUGGAUGGCCUUACGAGUAUUGACGAAGAAAUCAUGAAGCUCUUCCAAGAUUUUGCAUUCAACCCACUUGUAUGAAAGCCUUCUUGUGCCGGCAGGGAAACUCGAACUGUUUGCACGCAGGACAUCUAUGUACGUUUCCCUCUGGGUCUGCCGGCGUUUGGAUUCAUGGGCUAUUAAUACUGUUUCUCCCCUCACGUAAUCUGAACCGAUGUGGGACUAAACACACGUCCGCACGGGUCCUCACAGUUGUUGUGAGAUCCAGCCCAGAUAGGCCAUUUUUGGUUGGUUUCUUUGGCCCAGAUAGGCCGUUUUGGGCCAAUCGAACUCCGCCGUGCCACUCUUUCUCCGGCUCCAACUUCUCUUUUUUUUCGUUCCAUGGGCGCCGGGGCAAGGGAAGAGAAGGGGAUGGGAGAAAGAAUCUUUUGAUCUCCCCAAGGAGAACAGCUCGUCGGAAAUCUUGAACCUGUAUAUGUAUCUUCAGAGACAUAAAAGAUCAAAGUUAGACGAUGAGGAUAAUAACCAUCGUAACAAAUCUGAGGUGACAGUUUUAUGUUCUGGUUUUGAGGAAGCCAAAGAAAAGUCUCCAAAGUUAGAGAUUAUUCAGAUCCACUUGCUUUGUCGAAUCUUCUGGAGCUUGGAUGAUGGAUUAUAUGGAAGGGUAACCAAAGAGUAUGAAACUCUCCAUGCUCAGAGGAUGCAGGUCAUCAAAUUCUUGUCCACAUUACGGCCAUCACUUGCAAAUUCCUAUCCAAGUCUAUUUUCUAGCUCUCAUCGUGGGAUAAAUACUUGGUUGGACCUAUCAACCAAAGGGAAUCAGAAUUCAGAUCGACGUGUUGAUAGUUCAAUAUCUUCAGAUAUAAUUGAUUUGGAGGCUGACUUCAUUGAUGCUGCUGCCAAUACAUCCGUGA